AUUUAUUUACUGCUGUUUGCUUGCGGUUAGCAUUUAUUUGCUGCUGUUUGCUUGUGGUUAGCAUUUAAGGGGUGAAGGGGAAGGCGCCUACCACGAAUUAUAUGCAAGCGAAAAAAACAGUGUACCAUCACACAUACCCUGUCGCGCAGGUUCGCCCCCAGAUCUUUUCCCUCCUCGAAGAGUGAGAAUUAUUGGGUACAAACUUAUCAAUGUUUAUACGAAACCAAGAUGGCUGCCGUGGGCUUCCGUGAGAAGAGGAAGUUGGCACAAAAAGCCGACAUUUUUGUUAAAUUUGAGGCAAAGGAGCGAUAUAAUAGCAUUAGACAGAUUUUGAAAAAGGAUCCUUCAUUAAGAAAUGACGAAGAGCUGCAAAUGAUGGCUAAUUCGCAAGAAAUAGUCCAAGAAAUAGAGAAGCGAUCUUUGCGACAAGAACUAGCUAAGCGCCGAGUUGAAGAGGUGCUUGAUCCGCCUGAUGUGUUGGAUGAAAAGACAACUGAACUGGCUCAAGCAAUAGUGAAGGCCAAAUGCCUGGUUGUUUACACUGGUGCUGGAGUUAGCACGGCGGCCUCGAUUCCUGACUAUAGAGGCCCUGAUGGAGUGUGGACUCGCCUGUCUCGAGGAGAAAAACUAGGUUCAUAUAAUUUGGCUGAUGCUGAUCCAACUUUAACUCACAUGAGCAUCACAAAGCUUUAUCAGGAAAGACUGGUCAAGCAUGUUGUGUCACAGAAUUGUGAUGGACUUCAUGUCAGAAGUGGUCUUCCACCAGAGGCAUUGUCAGAGGUCCAUGGGAACAUGUUUGUUGAGGUCUGCACAGAGUGCGAAGAAAAUGACAAGAUCUACUAUCGCCUGUUUGAUGUAACGGAAAACACAAGACUGAGAAGACAUCAAACAAAUCGUUAUUGCCACGAAUGCAGUUCACAGUUAAGAGAUACCAUAGUUCAUUUUGGUGAAAAGGGUAACCUGAGAUGGCCAUUAAACUGGGAGGGAGCUUUGGAGACAGCAAAAAUUGCAGAUUGUAUUCUUUGUUUAGGAUCAAGCUUAAAGGUGUUGAAGAGAUAUCAUGCUUUAUGGGGGAUGAAUAGAGUGAAGACCAGAAGACCCAACUUGUAUAUUGUUAACCUUCAGUGGACACCAAAGGAUGAUCUUGCAGCUUUGAAGAUUAGUGGUCGCUGUGAUGAUGUUAUGAAAAGAGUGAUGGACAAACUGAAUCUUGCCAUUCCAGAGUACAAAAGAAGCAAAGAUUCUCUUUUUACACUAGCGACGACACUAAGGCCUCAUGAAUUGGACACUUUUAGUACCAAAUACUUAACCAUGUCUGGACCACAGUGCCCUGUGGCCCAAUCUCCUGAUAACGGGAGGAAUGAAUAUCUGGUAGUGGAGGAUAGUAACUGUAACAACAGUGAGGAAAGUAAUUCAUACAGCUGCAAAACGGAGAAUGGUGCUCGUUCAAGUCCGAAACGUCCAGGUUGGUUUGGUAAAGGUUACGCGAAAGCAAAGAAACCGAGCAAGAAAAGAAGACUAAGAUGAUGACUACCCACGGUUCAACCGGCAACAGACUUCAACUAAUAAUAUUAUAUAUUGUUACGAAAGUACUGAGGGGUGUAACCAAGAGCAACCUUUACAGAGUAGCUGCAAUUCGUCAGCGUUGGAGGAAAAUAUUGAAAUAUGCCACUUAAUUUUGCUCUCUUAUUGUGUUAGUUAUUGGCUAUGAGAGUAUAAUGGACAUACAUGAUUGAACCAGUACUGGAUUCAUGAAUGCCCCUUCGGUAACGCUUAUUAAUUAUGCAAAGAAAUGCGCCGAAGGAAACUUCAACAAUACAUCAGGCUUAAUUGGUCGAACCAUCCAUGGUUUGUAUCUUUGCUUGACUGGGUCUCGGCAAGAUACAAACCAUGGCUUGACCAAACUCGCCAGAUAUGCCGCCGAAGCCUAUCUAAAUGGUACGUUAGGUGUAACAACUAUAUCUCCAGUGAUGACCUUGAAAAACAAUUCUGUUCAAAAUAGGUGUGGCAGGUAUUAGCGUAUCAACAAGGUACGAUUAAGUAUUGACCAACCUAUCCAUUUCUAACAAAAAUCCAGCCAUAUCGGGUCAGUGGCUUGAUAUCGCAUGAUAGUGGAGACAAGGCUUUUGAUUGGCUGAUUGUGAAUUCUUUAAAUAAUUGAAGCUGUAACAAAAAAGAAAAUCUGCUUUGAGAGCAUACUGUUUCGAACCUGUUUGAAAAUUGAGUGAUUGUUGUCAAGAGAUUGACAUUGUAAGUUAGUGGUUUGACGCAAACUAAUUUUCAGAUGUUACUUUGAAGGCGUAACGGCUGGUGCUUAUGGCCCCGUCAACUCCAAGCCCGCUCAUCCCCCCUGUUCUCAAUAAAUAAGCCACACCGUAAAUGCCGGAAUAGCAACCGGAAAGUCUAGACGUGCGAGACGGGCGCGCUUAUUUUUGUACUCAAAGUUUGGUCUCAAUAGGACAUUGUCUUCACUUCAGGUUAACACAAAACUUUAAUGCAAAGUUUGGGAAAUAUCCUGUUGUAGAAACACAUAGUUGAGUGUGCGAUACACAUUAACACUUCACUUCAAGGCCCUGACGUCCACUUCAAUUUCUUUAUCGUUCUUCAGUAUUCGUGGUGUCUUGGGGGAUGGAGCGGACGGGGUGCUUGCCUGGGGGCACUUAUUUGAAGCUGGGUGCAUUAUCAGUGUGGUUUUCAAAGACUCCUCAAAACUCUUCCCAUUGGAAGAUACUGGUCGAGGCGUGAAGGCGUGAAAGCCGAAACCCUAGGAACUUGUGCAAAUAAUGCACAACGGUAAAUGUAGCACAUCUUUAACGGCUCAACGGGAAAACGAACUACCUUUUGCGAAAUUCCGCGGUUUCUUCCUGAAAGUUUUCAGUGAACUGAACUGGAAAGUCGUGUUGCUUUUACAUUCCAACCGAAAUUACAGGAGGAGUGUUGUGAACGGAAAACAACUAUGGUGUCUAAAAUAAGUUCUUUUUAGUAUGUGGGGGUAAUAAAGAUGCGCCGAGAGUAUAUACUGACCAAACAGUGCCAUAAAUAUAUACUAUGUAUAUGGACUGAGAGAAAGAAACUACAGCUGGUCUAAUGCACUGCCCCCACCCAACCGCCCAUAUAGAUCGUUUUCACUGUCACGCAAUAAAAAAAGAAAUCGAAAACCAUCCAGUGGAAAAAGCUAUGAAA